UCGAAUCACAGAGUUUCUAAACCCAGAGGCGCAACAUUACGAGACUUCCGGGAAGGCUGGCUAAAUAGACGAGGCGGGAAGUCAAUGAGAGAAGUGAACAAUUAUUAUUUAGUUUUUAAUUUUCUCUAAAUCUAAAGGCACAACUUAGAUUCGAGCCAAUGUUUUAAGUAAUCGAACAUGGUAUUACCCCAACCUUGUGAAAGUAACAAACUGACACGUUUUCAUUUUCGUCAAAAACGACUUGAUAACGAAAGACUUCCGUUGAUUUGACGGCCUGCACAUGUGGAGUUUGGCGCUAGACGACCGUUAGUCCCGAUUACAAGUUUAUACGCAUGAGCCUUGCUUAUACAACGUCGCCAUGACAUCGCCUACAAGCGUGAUCGGGGAAUUCUAUUGGAUAAACAGUUUUAGCCUAUCUUCAUACUGUACAGUCUUUGAUCAAAUUAAUUGUCCGGCAAAAGCCUAACGUAGCUAGCUGCCUAGCUAAAUUGUAUCUUUCUAAAUUAUUACGUUAAUUAUGUGAGUAAUCAAAUGUUUGCAAUUGGCUAUACUUUGCGAUAAAAUAACCAAUAGCUGAAUGACGUAGAUAACUGAUAUAUUUAGCAAGCUAGGCUAGCUUGGUAUUGGUAACAUUUGUCAUGUACAGCUAAUCAGUUUGUUGGAGAAAGAAAAUGAUAUCUAUCCAAUAGUAUAAUCUACGAUGACGAGAAGAUUGUAGUGUGGAAACCAUGAAAAGAUCUAGAAGUGUUGGUGCGUCUUCACCUUUGAAUGGGAUUGGAAAACAAGAUGGGGACCCCCGGAGGAAGAGGAAGUUAGCGGAGAUCUCUCAGGCCCUGAACGUGACGCCAGUUGAUGUGGCAGUGCUGAGGAGGAUGGCCAUCAGCGAGGGGGGGCUGCUCACUGAUGAGAUCCGCUGUAAAGUGUGGCCACGGCUGCUCAACGUGCCCACCGACAUCCUGCCUGAGAAAUCAGAGGAAGUAGAGCGGGAGAAUAAUAAGGACUAUAACCAGGUGCUGUUGGAUGUCCAGCGUUCCCUGCGAAGAUUCCCUCCUGGCAUGCCAGACGAGCAGCGAGAGGGCCUCCAGGAGGAGCUGAUUGACAUCAUCCUGCGGGUGCUGGGAAGGAACACUCAGCUGCACUACUACCAGGGCUACCAUGACAUCGUGGUCACCUUCCUGCUGGUGCUGGGCGAGCGGCUUGCUACCGCUCUGGUGGAGAAACUCUCCACGCACCACCUCAGGGACUUUAUGGACCCCACCAUGGACAACACUAAACACAUCCUUAACUAUCUGAUGCCAAUCAUCGAGAGGGUCAAUCCAGAGGUGCAUGACUUCAUGCAGCAGGCGGAGGUGGGCACCAUCUUUGCCCUUAGCUGGCUCAUCACCUGGUUUGGCCAUGUCCUGUCAGAUUUCCGACACGUUGUGCGGUUGUAUGACUUCUUCCUGGCCUGCCAUCCCCUGAUGCCAAUCUAUUUUGCUGCUGUGAUUGUGCAGUACCGGGAGGACGAGGUGUUGGACUGUGAGUGUGACAUGGCGUCGGUGCACCAUCUCCUGUCCCAGAUCCCCCAGGACCUGCCCUACGAGACGCUCAUCAGCCGCGCAGGAGACCUUUUUGUCCAGUUCCCCCCCUCCGAGCUGGCCAGGGAGGCUGCCCAGCAGUACAGUCAACAGAUGGCAGCCUCCACCUUUAAAGACUUUGAUCUGACCCCGGAGCAGCAGCGGCCGGACACGGUGCUGCGGAGGCGGCGGAGAGAGAAGCAGGCACUGAAGGGAGCUGCUGCAGGUGCUAUGGUGGCGACCGCCCAACCCACCACGGCUCGGCGCUUCGUCCGACUGGCCGUCAUGGGGCUCACUGUGGCCCUGGGGGCAGCCGCCCUAACCCUGGUCAACACGGCCCUAGAGUGGGCGCCCAAACUGGACCUACACCUCUUCCCCUGAGAGAGAGUGAAGGGGACUUGUAGGCGAGUGAAGGGGACUUGUAGGCGAGUGAAGGGGACUUGUAGGCGAGUGAAGGGGGCUGAUGGCCAUUACAGCAGAAGACAUCCACAGGAAGGAGAGAGAAUAGAGAUCUUUAAAGAGAAUAUGAAGUUAUUUUCCACAUUAAUAUGAAGGACGUGAAUGGAACAGAGACUUGACUGUCAACGUUGUAUUUAAUUUAUAUUUGUUAAUAAAACCGAAUGGUGAUAAAUGUUGUGCUGAGCGAGAUUAAACUAUUAGGAGUGAUGGCAAGUGACAACUUAUAGCAAAGACUUAGGUUUCCUAGGUUGAAGAGUUGUCACUGGGGUCGAAACUGUUGCCAAUGAAGAGCGUGUGUGUGUCUGAAAUGGCUCCCUAUCUAGUGGACUGUAUAGGGAAUAGGGUUUCAUUUAGACGGUCUGUGCUGUCAGGUUCAGGGGUGAGUUAAAUGUCCCUCUGAACCUCACAUGGGCCAUAUUGGCACAAGGACAGAGAUCCUGCCACUGGUAUGGUCCCCCCCGCAGAUCAUCAAGUUGAAUCCUCUGCCUUCAACACAUCAUGUCCCUCUUCCUUUCCUUUCAUUCUGUACCGAGACCAAAUACACACGUCUUAGUCCCAUCUUUGUAUGUUUAGCACUUCAUUUUCUAAUUUUCUAAAGCAUCAUUAUUAUUGUUAAGUUAUAGGAAAUAUAAGUUUUGUACAAGCACACCCAUUUUUAACAUUAUAUUAAAUUAACAGAAUCCACUUGGGUCUUCUGACCUUAUGGAUGACAAUUUGCAAUAGCUCUUUUCCACAGCAUGCCUAAAUUAGGUUAGGUUUGGAAUAGGUUAGCUUUGUGAUCUGCGACAAAGCACCGAUAGCACUCCCAGACAAUCCCAUGAGCCGUGGCUUGAUCCCAUGCUUUUAUUGCACUAUAAUGAAGUCCUAUUACAUUGUUUGUACACCCUAUCACAUUUCAACCAAACUCACCAAAUGGCCUGGUUGUAGAAAUGACAAGUUUUUUUGCACAUUUAAUUUUAAGAAAUGUCACUUGAGCUUAAAGACUACAGUUGACACAAUUUGAAUGUGUCGCAUUGGACCUACUGAAAUUUGUUCAACAGAGAUACAUGAGUAGAAUCAUGUGUAGUCGACUCGAUUGUGACACGCAGAUACUCAGCGGUGCCUAUUGACUCCAUCAGUGUUAGCCAUGGAUGGUUUUCAUUGCACUGAAAUAGCCUCAUUCUGUAUCAUUGCAAUGGUUUUUAUCUGCCUUUUAUGUUGAAUUGUUAUAUUUGUCAUGAGAACAAUAAAAAAAAAAUUAAAAACAAGAUCAAUGCAAACUG